AUGCCCGCGCGGUCUCUGUGCCUGCUGUGCGCCCUGGUCAUGGCGGUCCGGCCCGUCCCUGCGGCCCCCGUGGAGGGCGCCCAGCCGGCCCAGCGUGAGGAGCUGACCCUGCUCUUCCACGGGGCCUUACAGCUGGGCCAGGCUCUGAAUGGCGUGUACAAGAGCACGGAGGAUCGGCUGCUGGAGGCUGGGCGCAGCGUGGGCCUCUUUGACCGGGCGCUGGGGCUCCUGGGCACUCGGGUCCAUGAGGGCUGGGAUGCCACACAGAAGCUUCGCACCAACUUGUUGGAGAUGCAGACAGAAGAGGAUGUGCUGCAGCUCCGUGCAGAGGCCUCGGCUCAGCUGCUGGGGGAGGUGGCCGAGGCCCAGCGGGCGCUGAGGGACAAUGUGAAGCAGUUGGAAGUCCAGCUGAGGGGGGCCUGGCUGGGCCGCGCCGGCCAGGAACUGGAGACCAUUAAGGCUCAUGCAGAGAAGCAGAGCCACCUGGUGUGGGCCCUGGCGGGUCACCUGCAGCGACAGAGGCGGGAGAUGGAGAGUCAGCAGCAGUGGCUUCAGGAGAUCCAGGAGAGGCUCCACACGGCCGCGCUACCAGCCUGAGCCUCCUGCCUGGAGAGAAGCGAGGUCCAGUCACGUCUCAAGGGACGCUUCCGGGCGCCUGCGCAGGGAGGAGCUGC